CCUGCCUGCCUGCUUGCCUGCCUGCCUGCCUUUCAUUCUUCACUGCAGUGUCUCUCAGGGCAUCAUCUCUAGUGGAAAAGGCUCUCAUCUGUUCAAGCCAGACCCCCAGAAGCAACCAGGAAAAAAAAAAAGAGCAAGUAAGGUGAAGAUUGACCCUUCCAGAAAUGAACAGCUUGACGAAAUUAAACAAUAUUAAUGAAAUGAGAUAGAGAGCACUUUCAUGGCCAAUGUUGUGUUUCUAUCUCAAGCACAAACGUAAACUCAGGGAGAUUACAAAACAAAAGUGCUGUAAAGAAGUCAGAAUGAACCAAUGGGGCAUGAGCUGAGAUGCCAGUUGUUGUAAGCAAAUUAAACAUCUUGGCAAGGUGCAUGAGUCUUCCGAGGCUCAAAGCUGCAUGUUAGCACUUUAGGCUACUAUAGUCAAAGAUUGACGCCCCCCACUACAGCACCAACUAUUGCCCAGUACUGAAAGGAGGAUGGGUGAUGACCCUGUAAGCCUCUGCAAUUUGUCUCCUUUUUCCUCUCAUCCAUGGAGCCUUCAGCAGCAAGCGCUAUAUGGUCCAUCAAGAAUUCCUCCAUCUUCCAGAACUCACAUCAACUCCUGGCUCAUCCAAGCAAUGCAACCUUGGCCUCACAGGAUAACAACAUGCUUUCUCAGUCCAUAGCACUCUUCUUUAUGCUGCUUGUAGACCUGGUGGCUGUGGUUGGAAAUAUAGCUGUUAUGGUGGUCAUCAUCAAAACUCCGCAGCUGAGGAAAUUUGUCUUUGUGUUUCAUCUCUGCCUUGUGGACCUCUUGGCUGCCCUUCUUCUCAUGCCUCUUGCAAUCCUUUUAAGCUCCACUUUGUUUGACAAGGCCUUUUUCAGUGAGGCCUUGUGCCGUGGAUAUCUUUUUCUGAGUGUCUGCUUCAUUAGUGUGUCUAUUCUUUCUAUUUCAGCCAUUAAUGUAGAACGAUACUAUUAUGUGGUGCAUCCCAUGCGAUAUGAGGUGAAAAUGACCAUUGGUCUUGUGGUCACUGUGUUGGUGUGCAUUUGGAUCAAAGCCAUUGGGAUGGCUGUUGUCCCGCUGGUAGGAUGGAGUUCCCAGAGAAGAUCUUCCUCUCCUUUCCAAGAUGGAGUUCUGAUUGAUGGCCAUUGCUCGCUACAGUGGAAUGGAGGACACUCAAACAAUCAGGUGUUUGUAGUUUUUUUUACACUCUUCUACUUCCUUUGCCCAGUUCUGAUCAUUUUGGUGGUGUACUGCAGCAUGUUUAAGGUGGCUAGAGUGGCUGCCAUGCAUCAUGGACCUCUUCCAACAUGGAUGGAUACCCCCCGUCAGCGAUCAGAAUCGCUGAGUAGUAGGUCCACUAUGGUAACUAGUUCUGGAGCACCAAGGACCACUCCACAACGGGCAUUUGGUGGAGGAAAAGCAGCUAUCAUUCUGAUAGCAGUGGGGGGACAGUUUCUUUUCUGCUGGCUCCCUUACUUCUCUUUCCACUUAUACUCAGCUUUGACUAUGGUUGAACCAGAUUCUACAGCACAGCUGGAAAACAUUGUAACUUGGAUAGGCUACUUCUGUUUUACCUCAAACCCAUUUUUCUAUGGCUGUCUUAACCGUCAGAUCCGGGGGGAGCUAAGCAAACAUCUCAACUGUUUCUUCAAGCACACACCAGGAGAAGACAGGCUACCAAGCCGUGAGGGAUCUAUUGAAGAGAAUUUUCUCCAGUUUCUACAAGGCACUGGCUGCACGCUCGAGUCUCGGAAUCCGCACAGUACCUCGAGUCCCAAAAGAGACCAGCCACAGCAGCCAGCAGCAAUUGACUUCCGGAUACCUGGCCAGAUUGUAGAAGAAACCUCUGAGUUUUUGGAGCAUCAACACCUCAACCAUGACCUUACCAUAUCAGAAAACUGCAUUAGAACCAUGCCAUCUCAAAAGCCAGAGUUGUAACAAUAAGAAUGCUUUUCAGAAAUACUUUCAAGGAUAAUAUCAAAUAGCAUUUUGUGGAACAAAACAUUAAAAUGUAUAAAUGUAAGAACUUAUUUGAUACCAGUCAUAUUGAAUAUAAGGAGAAUUCAGCUUCAGUUUUCAAGAUGAUUAUUUUGUCUUUAAAUGUUUUUUCUUUCAUUAGGUUUGUGUUCUGAAAUGAAUCCAUUGCCAAAUAGCCAGUAUAACUUGGUAACUUGUGUGGGAAUUCUAUAUUGGAAAGAUAACGUGGAGACAUAUUACCAUAGUAACCGUUUUGAAAAAACCUGUGGCAGUUAUUUGAAAAUAUUAUUUUUUAUCCAAUUUAAUUUACAUUUUUGAACCGAUUUGCACUUGACAAUCCAAGUUUAGUGUGUAAUACAAUGCAGAUUAACCUAAACAUCAGAAGGCUUUCGUGACUGGGUUACAGGAGAUUUUUUCCAUAUCGCUCAUCCUAAUUGAUACCAAAUAUCAAAAAGUGGAAAGAAUAUUUAAAGUUGGAAACAUAGAAAGUUGUGGAAUUUUUAGGGUUUGCUUUUUCUCUGUUUCUAUACUUAGUUUCCAAGCUCUUUAACAUUUCUAUUUAAAAUAUUAUUAUUAAAUCAAUGUACAAAUGAUUAUUUAUGAAUUAAAUGUUUAAAGUGUUAUUUUUUAUUCUGAACUAUUGUUACAUUAAACCAAAAACUGAAGUAAGUCCAUGUUUAACAUUGUGGUCACCUUUCUGAAAAUCAUGCGGUCAAGAAACUGAAUCCAUGGAAAGCUACUAUAAUAAUAAGUGCACAUUAUUAUAAUGGCUAUCUAUAGCAGCAAUAAUCAGCAUACACUAUUUCAAUUGCCUUAUAGGGAAACAAAUCACAAAUAUAUUUCAUAAUAAAAACUAACAGUAAAAAAAUGUAGCAUAUCAUAACAUUAUACACACAUAAUAAUCAUUUCUUGGUUUGCAAUAUCCUCGAAAAAUAAUGUGAUCUGAAAGUAUGAUAAAUCCAUAUGCCAUCCACAACUAAAGCGAAUAGUUCUUAGAGCCAUUAAAAAAUCAUAAAGGCAUUUUAGAAUUUGUCACUUUCACUCUGAACAUUUUAAGCUUUACCUGAAGCUGCCACGCUACCCCUGUAAUCCCCUGCAACCGAUGGGGUUCAAAAGUAAAUGGAGGAACAGAGGUGUAUUACAACACAGUAUGCACAAAUUAGGUUUCAACAACCAAAACACACACACACACACACACACACAAAUCUGAUUCAAAAUAGCAUUCAAUAGGCAGUAAAGAGUGUUGGCAGCAAUACCUUUUUUUAUAACUGCUUAGAAGAAUAGCUGCCAUGAUGCAAGAAAUCGCUACAGAACCUGCAAAAAAAUUCCUAUCCUUUAUUAUCUGGGUCAACGAUGUAAGAAAAUGUAAGUCUUCAAAUGAACUUUAAUGGUGAAUUCCAGAA